GUUUCCAAAGGCCGCUGAUUCCAGAAGGUACUGUCUGGCGUGAAAUUAGUCUCAGAUGAAACAUAGGUCGCGCGUCGCGUGUACUGCGCAUGCGCGAGAUGUUGACCCCUCCCACGAGAGGAAGGUGAGUCCUCGGUUCCGGAGUGGUCUCCGCCGGUUGCGGGGAAGUAACUCCUGCUGCUGCUGCGCGAUGGCGUCCGUGGGGACUCUGGCCUUCGAUGAAUAUGGGCGCCCUUUCCUCAUCAUCAAGGAUCAGGACCGCAAGUCUCGUCUUAUGGGACUUGAAGCCCUCAAGUCUCAUAUAAUGGCAGCAAAGGCUGUAGCAAAUACAAUGAGAACAUCCCUUGGACCAAAUGGACUUGAUAAGAUGAUGGUGGACAAGGAUGGUGAUGUGACUGUAACUAACGAUGGUGCCACCAUUUUAAGCAUGAUGGAUGUCGAUCAUCAGAUUGCCAAGCUGAUGGUUGAACUGUCCAAAUCACAGGAUGAUGAAAUUGGAGAUGGAACCACAGGAGUGGUUGUCCUGGCUGGUGCCUUGUUAGAAGAAGCCGAGCAGUUGCUAGACCGAGGCAUUCACCCAAUCAGAAUAGCCGACGGCUAUGAGCAGGCUGCCCGCAUUGCUAUUGAGCACCUGGACAAGAUCAGCGAUAGUGUCCUGGUUGACAUAAAGGACACUGAACCCCUGAUUCAGACUGCAAAAACCACGCUGGGCUCCAAAGUGGUCAACAGCUGUCACCGACAAAUGGCCGAGAUUGCUGUGAAUGCUGUCCUCACUGUAGCGGACAUGAAGCGGAGAGAUGUAGACUUUGAGCUCAUCAAAGUAGAAGGCAAAGUGGGCGGAAGGCUGGAGGACACGAAACUUAUUAAGGGUGUGAUUGUGGAUAAGGAUUUCAGUCACCCACAGAUGCCAAAAAAAGUGGAAGAUGCUAAGAUUGCAAUUCUCACGUGUCCGUUUGAACCACCUAAACCAAAAACGAAGCAUAAGCUGGAUGUGACCUCUGUAGAAGAUUAUAAAGCCCUUCAGAAAUAUGAAAAGGAGAAGUUUGAAGAGAUGAUUCAACAAAUCAAAGAAACUGGUGCUAACCUAGCAAUUUGUCAGUGGGGCUUUGAUGAUGAGGCGAAUCAUUUACUUCUUCAGAAUAACUUGCCUGCAGUUCGUUGGGUAGGAGGACCUGAAAUCGAGCUGAUUGCCAUCGCGACAGGAGGGCGGAUUGUGCCCCGAUUCUCAGAGCUCACAGCUGAGAAGCUGGGCUUUGCCGGCCUUGUAAAGGAAAUCUCAUUUGGGACAACUAAAGACAAAAUGCUGGUCAUCGAGCAGUGUAAGAACUCCAGAGCUGUAACCAUUUUCAUUAGAGGAGGAAAUAAGAUGAUCAUUGAGGAAGCAAAACGGUCCCUUCAUGAUGCUCUGUGUGUCAUCCGGAACCUCAUCCGUGAUAAUCGUGUGGUGUAUGGAGGAGGGGCUGCUGAAAUAUCUUGUGCUCUGGCGGUUAGCCGAGAGGCAGAUAAGUGCCCAACCUUGGAGCAGUACGCCAUGAGGGCAUUUGCCGACGCACUGGAGGUCAUCCCCAUGGCCCUUUCUGAAAACAGUGGCAUGAACCCUAUCCAGACUAUGACCGAAGUUCGAGCGAGACAAGUGAAAGAGAUGAACCCUGCUCUUGGAAUUGACUGUUUGCACAAGGGUACAAAUGAUAUGAAGCAACAACAUGUAAUAGAAACCUUGAUUGGCAAAAAGCAACAGAUAUCUCUUGCAACACAAAUGGUUAGGAUGAUUUUGAAGAUUGAUGACAUUCGUAAGCCUGGAGAAUCCGAAGAAUAAAGAGAAAAUUCAGAAUAACAUGUAGUAAGAUCCACUACUGCGAUUAAAUAAAUGAGUGUCUCGUGAUGCAUCUACAGUGAUUUAUUACUACAUCCUUUUUCAGACGCUGUAGAUGUUAUAAUAGAAGCAGCUGUUUGGUAACCAUAGUUUCACUUGUUCAAAGCCGUGUAAAUGUGGGGGUACUAUCUCACAUGCUUUUGUAUUCAUUAUAUUAAAGGAAUCUCUUUAAACAAC